ACUUCGCGUUGUUCGUAACGGAUUGCUUUUCCGUGGUCACGGUUCUUCUUCCACGCUCGACCGGCCCCAUGGAGAACCGAGGGCCUAGCAGGUGCAGUGUAGUGUCAAAAUAAAAGAACAAAGAAGGAGAGUGGAAAAGAAAGAAGCGAAACGACGAAAGAUGAGCGCAAGAUAUGCGCUCGCGACGCGAACGGCAACGACUCGAUUGAGCAGGGAAUUCGAUAUUGUUUCGAGGUACAGCAACAUCCUACGCGCAUAGUUUUCUCGAUUAUUUAUUAAAUAUAAGGUGACACUUUAUGAUACCGAUAUUACAUCUUUUGACAAAUCUUCCUGCAAUCAAGAUCGAGACACUGAAACAAAUACAAAAUUCGAACAAUUACGAGGGCACCUUACGCGCGCGAAAAGGCUGCUGGCGAACGUCACGAAGUUGCGCGUUGAUCGCACAAUCAAUUCGAUAGACCAAGAAGAAGGAAAUCGCGUUUGAAUGAUCGAUUUGUUAGAAAAGGUGAUUGCCGAAAGUUGCGAGAGUGCGUCGAGUGCAGGUUUAGCAACGAAUUCCGUUAAAGAAAGCUGUUCGAUCAGCAAGCUCAUUGGAAUUUACGGAAGGUUAGGUUAGGUAGAAUCGCAAAAUUUUCAAGAAAGAGCAAGAGAGAGACGGAGAAAAAGAAGCAGAUGCCAGGAUAGCAAUCUUUUGGGAUGUCGAUAUACAGGAAGUGGAUUCUGUGGCCGACGAGAACGCGUUUUCGACGCUUCACGAAACCGCCGAUGAUCCAUCGUAGCUGAGAUCGAUCAUCACGUUGUGGAACUUCCUUUGGUACUUCGACAAUUCCGUCGCGACACUAACCCGCUCGAGUUGGCGAACGUCGUCGAGAGAAGGAAAGGAUCAUUUCACUGUUAGGCGCUGCAACGCCGCGUGACAAUAACGUGAAAUUAUCUUGGGAAGAUUCAAAAAAAGGAGCAGCAGCCAUGGACUGGAGGGGGAUUGUGCUGGCAUUUUUGGUGAUCACAAUAACGAGGCACGGCGGUGCACACGCAGCCCAGAUACCUCAGCAGCUGCCAACGUCGACCGCGGCGAUAGCGAGCACCGUGCAGAUCGAGUGCGCGAGCGAGUCGAUAAUCGUUCACAUCUCGACGGAGGGCAACACGGACUUUCACGGUCUGGUCUAUCCGCGAGGAUUGUCGAAGAACAGCUCCUGUCUGCAGGAAUACAGGAGUCAACCAACGCCGAUCACCUACAAUCUGCCUCUCAGGUCUUGCAACACCAUGCCCACCGAAUUGGACGACGGUGGUAUCGAGUACUUCAACACCAUCGUGGUGCAACCACACCUGAAGUUGGUCACGAACCAGGGCAGAGGUUUCCACGUGCGGUGCAGAUAUCAGACGCGCGACAAAGUCGUAACGAACGACCAGACCCAGGUGUCCAUGCUGCAGUCGCUACCAUUGCAGUCGACUGCGCCGAUGCCCGGAUGCACAAUGAAGAUCUUCAGCGGCGAUCCAACGCAGCAUCACGUGGCGGAAAACGUCAAGAUCGGCGAUCCACUGACUCUUGUCAUCGGCAUCGACAAGCAGGAAAUGUUCGGCCUGAAGAUCUCCGAUUGUCUGGUACGCGACGGUCUCGGAUGGGGCGAGCAGCGGCUCAUAAACGACGAGGGUUGUCCGAUCGACGGCGAGAUCAUGGGACAGUUCACGUACAAUGAGGACAAGACGGAGGCCAGGGUGAACUUCCAGGCGCACAAGUUCCCGUACACGGCGAGCGUGUAUUAUCAGUGCAACGUUAGGCUGUGCAUCAAGCAUGAUGGAGGAUGCAGCAAUACGCCGCCGUUGUGCAACUCGAUCGCCAGACGACGCAGGGACGCUGCCGGCGAUGAGGAGGUGAAGAAUGUCGAAGGCUUGGACGGCACUCCGGCCACGAUCGAGGUUUACAGCGGUCUUUACGUCAAUGAAGCCUCGGACGUCUCGAAGGCAGAUUUCUCCGAGGAUGUCUUCAGAGAAAGGGCUAUGGACGACCCGAACACCAUUUGCAUCUCGCAAAGGAGUUUCGCCAUCGGGAUCGCCAUUGCCGGUCUCAUACUCAUGCUGGCGGUGGUGGCCGCCAUCCUGGUGCUGCUCGCCAAGAGGCGGCACAAGAGCGUCUCCACGACGGGAUCGUCCAUUUACAGCGGACCGUACACGAACACUGCCUACAGCCACAGUAGCUAAGUCUGCCUCGUUCGGCACGCGAUCGAGACGAAUCCUUCGGAGACCCAAGCCCGGAGGAUCCGCGUUCCGCGAUUCUUCGGACUGCACGAGAUGUCUCGGCGGGUCUUCUCGAUCUAUGUGGAAAAUAAUUAGAUUAGUUGCUUUCGACCGUACGCGAUAAUCGAAGACGCCGCGCGCGCGAGGCGCGGUGAAACGAAACGAACGAAAUGCGAAUCUCUUGCUCAACUGCCGACGCUACUGCCUUGUACUAUUUAAUUCGACGUUUCGCAUGAUGUCAUCCAGCUGAUGGCGGUGCUUUAAAAUGCCUAAGAAACUGAUGAUAGUCAGGCCCUUUAAGCUUUCUUAGCUCCUUCCUCCUUCAUGAAUGAGAAACUUUUGCGAUACUCUCGAUAAUUCGUGGAACGAAAUUCACAUUCAGUGGUGCAAUAUUUUGAUAAACUACAUAUUUUUAGCUAAAAGAUAAAAAUAUAAUAUAAAAUUUGUUAAAUA